AUGGGGAAAAACCAGACUGCCUCUGUGGCUAAAAAAAACCUCAGCUUGCAGGCCAAAAAACGAAAGAAACCAUCAUCUGAGCCCAAUAUCAAUCAAAAGAAUUCUCCUUCAUUAAAAGCACAUCCAGCAAAUGUACAGACACACCCUUUUGUCAAAAAACUUGCCGAUAAUGAAAAAAGCGUACGCGAUAAUGCCCUUAAAUCUCUUAAUGUGUUCUUACAGACAUCAAAAGAAAUUCCGUCAUUUGAACUUUUGAAACUUUGGAGAGCACUUUUUUAUUCCGUGUGGCUUUGUGAUAGACCCUUAACUCAGCAAGCAUUGACAGAUGAUUUAGCAAAUAUUCUUAUUAAAAUUCAUUCAAUUAAUUUUUCCACUUUCCUCGAUGCCUUUUGGGUUAUUAUGGCACGUGAAUGGGAAGGAUUGGAUAGAUAUCGAUUAGACAAGUUUUAUUUGCUAAUAAGAAGGUAUUUUGCAGCAUCUCUGAGACGGCUUAAGAAUCAAAACUGGGAUGAUGAUUGGACAGACGAUUUUUUAAAGCUGAUGGAACAUAUCCCUUUGAACUUAGAUAAUAUAAAGGUUCCUAAUGGCAUUCGUUUCCAUAUUUUUGAUAUCUUUCUUGAUGAAUUUGAAAGAGUAAUGAAGGAAGACGAUAUAUCUUUUACAAAGGGUAUCAAGUCGAAAAGAACUAAGAAAGGUAUAGAUGAGGAAGACAGACUCGAAAUCGACAAUGUUCCAGAAUACCACACUGUGAAUAGUGAUAAUGAAGAAGAAAGUGAUGAUGAAAAUAGUGAUGACGAAGAUAGUGAAAGCUCGGAUUCUGAGGAUGAAGGUUGGGUUGAGGAAACAGAGGAAGAAAAAUCUCAAAAAGAGAAAAAGAAGAUGGAUGAACAACAAAGAGAGCAAAUCGAACGUGAAAAAGAAUGGGUGGUCAUUGCGAAAAAAAUAAAAGAAAACAAUGUACCUUUAAAAAAGCUUCUUAAACCAUUGGAAUCUCUGGCCACUCAAAGUCAGUAUAGAUUGAUUCGAAAGGCUGCCCAAGAAGUCUUAGAUGACGAGAGACUGAUAGUUUGGGGAGUUAAUAAAUCCUCUACAUUAAAAGAAGCCGAUAGUGAAGAAGAAUUCACUGGUUGGAACUGA